AUGGGCGGUCUUGUAUCGGACGACAUCGGCUACGUGAUAUACUCAGCGCUGGGCAGCUUUUAUAUACCGUCCUGCAUAAUGGUCUUCGUGUACAUACGGAUUUACUACGCGGCCAAGGCGAGAGCGAGGCGAGGUAUCAGGAAGAACCCUAGACCAAGGCCGAACGAGCAACAAACGAGCUUUACGAACGUGCCGAAGGGCACGCGGCCGAUGCCAACGUCAUCACCUCUGUCCUUGCCUCCCGGAGUAGAUGCUAGCAAUUCUAAUAAUAAUAGGGAAAGUCAAAUAUCAACAAUAGAAACGCAGCCGGUGCCUAUACCUACGGUGACGUGCGACUUCGCCUCCGACAUAUCGACGAGCGAGGCAGGAGACGUGGGACCACAGCCCGACGAGAGGAAAGACACUUUGAAGGUUGUAACAUCAGCUCAAGUAACGAGAAACCCGUUAGCGUCAUGUCCAUACAGAAGUUCAACCCUUUCGGUGAACGGAGAACUACAACUCCAAUCGCAGAGGUGCAGAGCACCUAGUGUAGCUAUAGAUACAGACAUGGUCUCCGAGAUGGAACCAUCCUCAUCAGACUCGGGAGUUGUAUCCCGUUGUGCUGUCGUCAAACCACUUAAGUUAAGAAUAUGCCAACCAAUUUUCGGCAAAAAAAGCGACUCCUCGCGUAGACAGGAGAAAACUCAACCAACAAAAGCAGAAUUGGAACCAGCGUUACCAAAACAACAUAAACCUCGAGACCCCGAAAGAGAAAAGAGGAGACUAGCCAGAAAAAAAGAGAAGAGGGCCACUCUCAUACUCGGUUUAAUUAUGGGCAGCUUCAUAGCAUGUUGGCUGCCAUUUUUCUUUCUUUAUAUUUUAAAAGCGGCGUGUAGAGGAUGCGUUAUACCAUCGAGUGCGUUCGCGAUUGCUUUCUGGCUGGGUUAUAUGAACUCAGUAUUAAAUCCUGUAAUAUAUACGAUAUUUAAUAAAGAUUUCAGACGGGCGUUUAGGAGAAUACUGUUCAAGUGAUGUUUAGCCUACCUGUGCUGCUACAGCUGUGUCGCCAACCGUAUCAUGUUGGCCCAACGACGAGCAGCGCCG